AUGGCUCUCAACAUCCCGGGACUCUUAGCCACCCUCGUUUUCUAUGUGCUGGUGCUCGGGAUUGGCAUCUGGGCUUCCAUCAAAUCCAAAAGGGAUAAAGAGAGGACCCAGGCAAACCAUGCAGACAUGGCUCUGCUGGGGAACAGAGAGAUCAGCUUGGUGGUGGGAAUCUUCACCACAACCGCUACCUGGGUGGGCGGGACCUAUAUCAUCGGCACAGCAGAGACCGUGUACGAUCCAAAGUUUGGGAUGCUUUGGGCGGUGAUGCCAUUCGCAGCAACAUUAGCCUUCAUUCUUGGCGGUCUUUUCUUUGCUGAGCCGAUGAGAAACAAGAAGUAUGUGACCAUGAUGGACCCUUUCCAGAUCAAGUAUGGAACCCGACUGUGUGGACUUCUGUCUUUGGCACCGCUGCUGUCCGAAAUUAUUUGGGUGACAUCAACAUUGAUAAGCUUGGGACUAACCAUGAGCGUGAUCCUGGAUUUGUCCUACGCUGUGUGCAUCUGGAUCUCUGCUGCUGUCGCCAUCACCUACACACUGCUGGGAGGUCUCUACUCUGUGGCCUACACAGACGUCAUACAGCUCAUCCUCAUUUUUGUCACCUCGUGGCUUUGCAUCCCUUUCCUCCUCAUGAAUCCCACCACUGUUGAUAUUACCACCACAUCUUUCAACCACACCUUCCAGCCCCCAUGGGUUGGCACUAUAACUGCAGACAAAGCCUGGAAGUGGAUCGAUAUCUUCUUGCUACUGAGUAUAGGAGACCUUGGUUUCCAGGACUUCCACCAGAGGACAUUGUCUGCCUCCUCCUCAGCCACGGCUAAGUUGCGAUGUUACGCUGCAGCAUUUCUCAUCCCCACUUUUGGAAUUCCUCCAGUGAUCAUCGGAGCAGUUGCUGCAUCAACAGACUGGAACCAGACCUCGUAUGGUUCUCCGCCUCCGUUUGAACGAGGUCAGACCGGAUUGAUUUUACCCCUCUCCCUGCAGCACUUAACCCCGCCCUACAUCUCUGUCAUCGGCAUCGGAGCUGUGGCUGCUGCCGUAAUGUCGUCCACCGACUCUGCCCUGCUGGCAGCAGCCUCCAUCUUCUCCUCAAAUAUCUACAAAAAGAACCUCAAGACCAAGGCUUCAGACAACGAAAUCCGGUGGGUGAUUCGCAUUGCUGUGGUUGUUUUUGGCCUGGCUGGAACAUCGCUCACCUUCCUGCACACAGGCGUCAUGGCCUUCUGGGUCCUGGGUGGAGAAAUCGCCUACAUUUUGAUGUUCCCGCAGCUGGUCUGUGUGCUUUUCUUCGACAUAUCCAAUGGUUACGGUUCAACCGUGGGUUUCCUGGUGGGAUUUUUUUUCAGACUUCUGUGUGGAGAGCCUUUGCUAAAAAUACCACCUGCCAUUCAUUUCCCAGGAUGCAUCCUCGAAGACGGUGUCUAUGUUCAGUAUUCCCCUAUCAGGACUAUCUGUAUGCUGAUUGCGUUUGCUACUAUAUUGCUUGUGUCGUACUUGGCUUCUCUGCUCUUUAACAAAGGUCUUGUACCUGAGAAGUGGGACGUGUUUCAAGUUAAAGUCCAGCAGCCACCACAAACACGGAUACCAGCAGAUGGUUCCAGUGACAAUAAAAACCACAACGCGCAACCUCUCUGUAAGGAUGAUGGAGCCUCGGAUCCGAUGUUGGAAUCAACUUGUUAAAAUUAUUUAUGCUACAUUGUACUGUAACAAUAAUAGAACAUUUAAUACGUUUAC